UUAAAAACAAACGAACUAUGCCUCCUGGCAUGCUCCUCGAGCGCCGCGCAUGCGCGAAGGGGUGCGGCUACGGACGUGGCUUCCAAGGUGGCUUCUUUUCCCCCUCAGCAAGCAAUGGCUGCGCCAGCCGCUGAUUCCUCCUCGGGAGGGCCCUCCGCCCUCCAGCCGGCGGGAGAUGCCGGCCGGCCGCCGCUGCAUAUGGCGGCGCUGGUGUUGGCUCGCGGCGGCAGCAAAGGAAUCCCGCUGAAGAACAUUAAGCUCCUGGCCGGGGUCCCUCUGAUUGGUUGGGUGCUGAGGGCAGCCCUCGACUCCGGCGUCUUCCAGAGCGUGUGGGUUUCCACAGACCACGACGAAAUCGAGAAAGUGGCCAAGCAGUUUGGGGCAAAAGUCCACCGGAGAAGCUCGGAAGUGUCGAAAGACUCCUCUACCUCCCUAGAUGCCAUCGUGGAGUUCCUUCAGUAUCACGAUGAGGUUGAUGUCAUAGGAAACAUUCAAGCCACUUCCCCUUGUUUACAUCCCACCGAUCUUACCAGGGUGGCCAAAAUGAUCCGUGAGGAUGGCUUUGAUUCCGUGUUCUCCGUCGUCAGGCGGCAUCAGUUCCGGUGGAGCGAAAUAAAAAAAGGAGUAAGUGAAGUGACAGUACCUCAAAAUCUGAAUCCGGCCAAGCGCCCCCGCCGGCAGGACUGGGAUGGAGAGCUCUAUGAAAACGGGUCUUUCUACUUUGCCAAAAGGCCCCUGAUCGAAAAGGGGUAUUUGCAGGGUGGGAAAAUGGCUUAUUACGAAAUGCGCGCCGAGCAUAGCGUGGAUAUAGAUGUUGACAUUGACUGGCCCAUUGCAGAGCAAAGAGUCCUGCGGUACGGCUACUUUGGUAAAGAGGCCUUGAAAGAGGUGAAGCUGCUGGUUUGUACCAUUGAUGGAUGCCUCACCACGGGCCACAUCUACGUCUCAGGAGACGAGAAGGAGAUUCUUUCCUACGACGUCAGGGAUGCAACUGGAAUCUGCCUGCUUCAGAAGAGAGGUGUCGAGGUGCGGCUGAUCUCCGAGAGGGACUGCUCAUCGAAGACUCUUUCUGCCAUGAACUUGGGAUGCGCUGCGGAAGUCAACGUGGCUGACAAGCUGCCGGUCGUAGAGAAAUGGAGGAAGGAAAUGGGGCUUUGCUGGAAGGAAGUGGCGUAUUUAGGAAAUGAGGAAUCGGAUGUGGAGUGCCUGAAGAAAGCUGGCAUGAGCGCCGUCCCCGCCGACGGCUGCCCUGCUGCCCAGAAAGCCACGGGCUACAUCUGCAAAUGCAACGGUGGCCGUGGCGCGAUCCGGGAGUUUGCAGAGCACAUAUUCCUCCUAAUGGAAAAGGUGAAUUCAGCUGGAAAGAAACUCUGCUGAUAAAAUUCUGAAGCCGCCACCCUUGGGGAAACAGUCUCCUGAUUCAUUUCUUUCAUUCACUCACUGAAUGAUCUUUUCUUCCCUUUUUUUUCUUUUUUUGACAUUUCAAGGAUCCCAAAGGGCAUUCUCGGGAAAUUGUAAAUUGCAUGGAUUUCCAAGCAUUUAAAUCAAAUCAUUAUGUUUCCUGUUGUGGUCCCAUGCUGGCAUAAAAAAGCCAGCCAGAUCAAGCCAAUAUUGCAAUAUAGCUCAACAUCAUGGGUCUUGCUAGAAUGGACCUGUUGUUUUCAAAUGUGAUUUUGGGUGGUUUGGGUUUUUUUAAGGCAAAUGUAGGAUUUUAUCAGUAUCAAAUGCUAUUGUGCUAGGAACGGAUUUGAUGGGAACGAGGAGGGGCUGUUGUUUUCAAAGUUCAGUUCCUUGCAGGGAUAAUAAUAAUUUAUUAUUUAUACUGCACCCAUCUGGCUGGGUUUCCCCAGCCACUGGUUGGGCGGCUCCCAACAGAAUAGGGAGUGGUCUUCUAUGUGAGAAAGGGUCUGCCCUCUCCUGUCUAGUAGGAAUACAGGCGCUCCAUUGUCCCAUCUCUCAAAAAUUGUGCUCCUGCAGCAAGGUUAUGUAUAAGGACUCUCAAGUUUGCAAGAAACUGAAUCCCACCGCUGUUCCAGAUUGUACAUUUGGGGGCCCAUAAUUCAGGGGUGGCAUGCUUUAUAUGUGGAAAGUUCCCGGAUUCAAACCCCGGCAUCUCCAGUUAAUAAGAUCAGGCGAGUGGUAAUGUGAAAGGGCCGUAGACCCUCCAUCAAUAAUCCUGGGCUUGAUGGACACAUAAUCUUCCUACAAAGGCAGCGAUAGGCUGCCCUGGUUCCAUUAGUUGCUGCUCAAGAUGCCAUCUGAUUGGCUAUCUGCUUGACAUUUGCAACCAAAUUUCUGCUACAGAUGCUGCCCAUUCCUACUUGCGGGUCAUAGGCUACACUACCUUUUGAUUCUGGUCUUCAGGUCUGAUGCUCUUUUUCUCCCCCCAUCCCAUCUUAUUGGAGAACCUUUUUUUUUCUGGAGGGUGCAUAUGAUAAUUCUGCCUUCUUUAUAACCCUUCCUAUAUAUUGAUGGAGAGUGGCUUGCAUGCUGAGUAAAAUCUAGGGUCAACACUUCUCCCGAAAAUGCUGAAUUCUGAAUCGGCAAGGGAUGGGUUGGGUUUUUGUUUUGUGUUUAACAUGAGGGGACCAUUCAAACAUUCAGCUCCCUCAGCUGCAGCAAGGCGUAACACAGCCUGAUAAACGUUUUCCGUCCUGUCCUUUUGGGCUGAGUUUAACUGGAGGAUCAGCUCCCCCUGAAAGCACUUAACCGCACAAUGCACCGCACAAUGGGUGUUUCGUUUUAAAGGACGAUAGAGGCAUUUGCUAGCUGCUAUGCACUCGGGCCCAGUAAUCAUGAUCUGGAAGGCUCUGCUUGUUUGCAAGCACCACACACAUAGAGACUUGUAUCCACCCUUGCUUAAUGUUGCCUGGGUCACAUUUAUGCAUGGAUCCAAUAUGCACCGGAUCAUGGGCGUACCCAGGAUCAAAGCUAGGGGGGGCACACCAGACACGCCCCAGACACGCCCCCAGCCAACCGAUUGGCUAGCUGGCAAUGACGUGGCCAGGAUCCCCCCAGGAGACAUGGUCAAUGUCCACCCACCCAACCAGAGAAAAGGGGGCCGUUUACAAGGCAGCACACGGACCCACCCGCGCUUGCACUCCUGUCUCGCCCACUCCUUUAAUGGCAGCAGUGACUAAAACGAGGCAGCAGCUGGACCUGGGCUAACUUCAGCCCACACUCUUUCAAGUCACAGCGAGCACAGCACAGAAAGUGCUGCCCCACAAUGCUCUGCGGCACCUCACUGCCGCUGCUGCCGUUUUGCUUCAGCCAAGCAAGCUGAGGCGGAGCACAGCAGGCAGCGCCCCUGCCUGUCCUCUCCAGCUGCCCUGCUUCGGGGGGGCAGCUGCCCCCCUGCCCCAUGCUGGGUACGCCCAUGCACCGGAUUAAAGCUUCUGCUUUGCAGUCGUCUGCCUUCUCAGAAAUCGCCUUCUGGCAAGGCUGGAUAUAUGGACCUCUGAAACCAAUUCUAAAAACCUAGUGGUUCUCCACAUUCAAAACUGGUCACCUUUCCAGAGGAGUUGAACUGGAAGAAAACCCCACUGUUGUGAGCAAAAUACCAGCAAAUAG